AUGGAGAGGUUUAAAGAACUACUAAGGCGUUGUCCGCAUCAUGGCCUACCAGUUUGGAUGCAAGUGCAUACAUUCUACAAUGGAGUGAUGCCGAAUUUGAGGUCUACCAUUGAUGCCGCAGCUGGAGGGACGUUGAACAAUAAAUCGCCUGAGGAAGCCUUUGAUCUUUUGGAGGAGAUGGCGGCUAAUAGCUACCAAUGGCCGAUUGAGAGGCUAUCUGCUAGAAAGUCGAGUGGAAUUCAUGAAGUUGGUGUCAAUACUACCAUUGUCGCAGAGUUUGCUGCUUUAAACAAAAAGAUCGACUCAGUGUUGAAGAUUCAAGGCCCAACUUGUGAAUUUUGCAAUGGAAGCCAUGCUAGCACCGAAUGUCAGGUAGGUAAUCCUUUCACACAUCCUCCUGAAAAUACUAACUUUGUUGGAAAUUUUAGCAGGCCUCCCCAGAACAAUCCAUAUUCAAACACCUAUAAUCCUAGAUGGCAAAACCACCCGAAUUUCUCCUGGAGCAACCAAAAUCAGCAAGGGCCGAGACCACCACCACCAUCAUUUAGGCCGCUUGAGGAGAAACAGCAUAAUCACCUUGAGGAGAUGGUUACUAAGCUAGCUCAAACAACUCAAGACUUCAUUAAAAGUGCUGAUGUGAGGUUCCAAAAUCAGGAGGCAUCCAUUCGAAAUCUGGAGAAGCAGGUUGGCCAGUUAGCUAACCAUUUGUCUGAAAGACCGUAUGGUACCCUUCCGAGCAACACCGAGAAGAAUCCAGUUGAGAAUGCAAAAGCAAUCACCUUGAGGAGUGGAAAAGAAGAUGUUACACCUGGAGCCGACGCACCCGAAAUUGAACCGUCCAAAGCUAAUCCACCUCGAAGCAAGUUAUUUCCGGACAAUCCAAAGCCAUAUAUGCCGCUAGUUCCAUACCCGGAAAGACUUCAGCAACACAAAAUAGAUAAGCAGUUGUCUAAAUUCCUUGAUGUUUUUAAGAAAUUGCACAUUAAUAUUCCUUUUGCAUAUGCCUUAGCCCAGAUGCCUAGUUAUGCGAAAUUUUUGAAGGAAAUUUUGGCAAACAAACGGAAAUUGGAAGAUUAUGAGACUGUGAAGCUUAAUGAGGAAUGUUCAGCUAUUUUGCAGAAUAAGUUACCACCAAAGUUGAAAGAUCCAGGGAGUUUUACUAUUCCUUGUACUAUUGGUAAUUCUUAUUUUGAUAAGGCAUUGUGUGAUUUAGGUGCAAGUAUUAAUCUAAUGCCUUAUUCUGUUUUUAGGAAAUUAGGUUUGGGGGAAGCAAAAGCUACCACCGUAUCUCUUCAGUUAGCCGAUCGAUCGAUUAAAUACCCGAGAGGCAUAGUGGAGGAUGUUCUAGUUAAGGUUGACAAGUUUAUUUUUCCUGCAGAUUUCAUUGUCUUAGAGAUGGAGGAGGAUUUCGAGGUCCUGAUCAUCCUAGGCCAACCUUUUCUAUCAACAUGGAGAGCUCUAAUUGAUGUGCAACAAGGAAAAUUAAUUCUUAGAGUUCAAGAUGAUCGAGUCACCUUUGAUGUGUUCAAAGCCAUGAAAUAUCCUGCUGAGCUGAAUGAAUGUUUGAGAGUCGAUGCAGUUGAUAGGCUUGUGGAAUCAAUUUUUAGUAAAGCCACAAUUGAAGACUCGUUGAAGGCAUGCUUGUUUGGCCAAGCAAAGAAGAAGCCAAAGCUGUAG